GUCUUCUGGCAUUAGCGAAGCUCUUCAAUUGUGAAAUCAUUCAUUAAUAAAAUUAUUCUCCAAAUUUUUUGGUACCUCAAGUUGAAUUUAAAGACUUCAAUUUGAAAGAAAAUAGAAACAAAUGAAAAUUAUUUUGGAAUUUUUACAAUUAAACAACGCAUUUUAACUUGCCGCUUUGUAUCGUCAAAACUUUGGCUCAAUGCCACCAGAGUGCAUUGCUAUUAGUUAGUUUACGGUUUGAAACGCGACGUUUUGCGUUCAAACUCACCAUUGCAUUUAUGUCAAAGCGUUUUCGGGAAAGCUUCUCGUUUUGUGUAUUGAUGUAAUGCUUCAUGAAAGAACAGAAUUAUUUCUUGUAGAACGUCGUCGACCAAACGAAGUGACUCGAAAUUGACUAAAAACACAGACCAGAGUGUGCAAAAAGUUAAUAACCAAUUUGUGUAGCAAAUAGUGUGGCAAUAUUUUCCGAAUAAAGUGUGUAAAAAAAUUUGAGUAAAAAAAUCGAUUACGGAUCGGAUUGGGAUUCGUGUUAAAUUGUGAAAUGGAAACGACGAAAUCGAAGUAGAUGUGCCGAUGGAAAAAAUAUCCUUGCUUAUUCACCAAUAAAUUUCCAACUUAUAAAAGGAUGUAGAUUUCGUUUUUUUUUUCAUCACUAUUUUCAAUGAUUGUUCAAAGUUAUGCGACAGUUCAGUCUGCGACUAUUCGCUUCGUUGUAAUGUGACACGAAAAAUCGAUACGUUGAUAAGAAAAUACAGAGAGGGAACGAGAAAAUACUCACACCACACGGAAAUAGGUGAGCAGCAGUGUUCAUUGGAGACGUGUUCACUUCAUGACCGUUCGCGAAACGGGGUGGACAGAAAACGGAUAGAUAGAGAACGAGAGCUAGAACAAUAUUGACGCGGUAAACACGAUGAAUCCAGCUGAUUUUGGUAUGUUUUGGAUGAAUCAAUAUGCGCAAGCACAAGAGCGUAUGAUCAUUGACGACAGUACAAGCUAUUACACACAACCGACGAUUGGAAUGUCCGUAAUGGAUGAUAUUGGCCAUCAAGCAAACACAAUGGACAUGAAUCCACUUGGAUUGAUAAAUAACGAGCUAACAGCUGCAACGGCAUCAGGUGCGAUGCCACUGACACCUGAACUAUUUGGCGGUCUACCGCGAAGUUUAGCUGUAGCCGGCCUGAAUCAACAGCACUAUCACGACGAUGCACAUCAAACAAUACUCGAUCACUAUGGAACGAUAUCGGACCAAACGAUUGUUAAGUGCCCGAUCAAUCAGCUAGUGGCGGCCACGACAUCGGUAAAUGUUGGCACCGGAACCGAACACUACGAAGACGAAGACGAUGAAGAGCCAGAGCAACGACUUUUAAAUGCAAACCAAUUUGCCAAUCAAUUUGUUAAUCAAUUUACCACGCAUGACGAUGAGAACAGCGUUGACAACGAUUACGAAGGUGACGAAGGUGUCGAUGACAUUGAUGAAUACAAUGGUGGCACCGAUUCAAAUAACAGCAAUAGCGUCGGUUUCAGCACACUGCACGGCGAAUCGUCGUCAUCGUCGUUGCACGGCAACACCAUUACGGGAAACAUACCGUUCCGUCGACGAACCAGAGGAACACAAACGAGUCGCAAAAUAAAACCAGUUAAACGACCUGGCUUAGUGCUAAAAACACCAAUUGCAUAUCAGCCUUGCUUAGAUCCUUCUGUUAUUCCAAUCCAAAAAGACGGCAUGGCGGUUUGUGAGCGUUGCGGUGCCAUUGGUGUGAAACAUUCAUUUUACACAAAGGAACGUCGCUUUUGCAGCAUGAAUUGUGCCCGAAGUGACUUUGUUAUGAUGCAAACGCAAGUAAAGGACGUACUAAAGGAUAACGAUAUCAAACCAUACACAUUAUAUGCGAACAGAUCACACUCGGUUGAUUCGACGACAACAGCAGCAGCAGCAGCACCGGCGACAACUACAAAUACGAAUAAUAAAAAUCCAACGAUGAGCGAAUUACAGCAAGAUAUAUCAACGGGAUCGAAUAGCCCGAUCGAUCUCGAGUCUCAUCUGAAGGGAACACAAUGCAAAAUACCAAAUUAUCGAUUCAAACUAACGAUGAACGGUGACGAUAAGACAUCCAAUUCAAAUGGAAACAAUGGUAACCAUUCCCUGUUCGACGGCAUGAGUGUCGACGAUUUGGGCAAUGUACAGUACCGUGAUAUUAUGUUCGAAGAGGAAAUACCACAAAUACCAAAAGGAUCAAAUCUACCGGCAAUGUGUCCGCAAGACGAGAAAAUUAUUACCGUACGACGAAAACCAUCUGAAUUUCUAAACAGCUACGACUGGAUACCACAAUUAUCGAAUCCGAAUUUCUUUGCCGCACCAGUUUCAUGCUUUUCUCAUGCGCCCGGCCACGAUGUGUGGUCUAUGGUAAAUGUGGGCAUGAAAGUGGAAGUGGAGAAUACUGACUGUGAUACACCUGAAUUGAAGCAAGGAAUGUCGCCGCACUCAUUCUGGGUGGCAACCGUGCUUCGAUUGUGCGGCUACAAGGCGCUAUUGCGAUACGAAGGAUUCGACGAUAAUAAUUCGCAUGAUUUCUGGGUGAAUUUAUGCUCAUCGGAAGUGCAUUCGGUGGGAUGGUGUGCCGAACGUGGCAAACCAUUGAUUCCACCGCGUUCGAUUGAAAACAAAUACAGUUGGCGAAAGUAUUUGGAAGAAACACUCACAAAUGCACUAACGUUGCCGACAACAUUUUACAAUAAAAUUAACGAAAGUUCGAAAUCACGUUUCCGUGUUGGCCUUCAAUUGGAAGUUGUUAACAAGAAUCGUAUCUCGGAAAUGCGAUUGGGUAGAGUGAAUAAAAUCGUCGGCAAACGGUUACUUGUGAAGUAUUUUGAUGCGCCAAAAGAUGACGAUGGUUUUUGGGUGCACGAAGAUUCGCCGCUGAUCCAUCCGGUCGGAUGGUCGUCUGAUGUAGGACACGAAUUGAAAGCGCCACCAGAGUAUGAGCAACGGUUGAAGAAAAUACGAGAUCAAUCGUUGGAAAUGCAUGAAGAUGACGCCAAACUGGAUCUAUUCAAAAUGAACUUUUCGUUCAAAGAAUACCUCCACGAAAGUAGUAAGAGCAAAUUCAGAGAUGGAAUGAAAUUGGAAGCGGUUGAUCCGCUCAAUUUAUCAUCGAUUUGCGUUUCGACCGUUGUGAAAGUCCUCAAAUUUGGCUACAUGAUGAUCCGCAUUGAUUCUUAUGAUCCAGACGCACAAGGAAAUGACCUAUUUUGCUAUCACGAAAGGGCUGCGUGCAUUUUCCCAGCUGGUUUCUGCCAUCGUAACAGCAUCGAGCUAACACCACCAAAAGGAUACGACAGAAAGACAUUCUCAUGGCAGCAAUAUUUAGCUGACACGGGCAGCAUAGCGGCAGAUGAUUCGCUAUUUUGUUUGGAAGUGCCAGAGCAUGGAUUCAAAGAGAGUAUGAAAAUUGAGUGUGCCGAUUUGAUGGAUCCACGACUUGUAUGUGUAGCGACCAUUGUGCGAAUUGUUGGCCGUGUGGUUCGUGUGCAUUUCGACGGCUGGGAAGAUGAAUUCGACCAGUGGCUGGAUAGCGAAGGGCCCGACAUGUAUCCAGUUGGAUGGUGUGUUAUGGUUGGACACAAACUUGAAGCACCAAAAGUGGCCGUCGUUCAGAAAAUCUCACCGAAGUCUGUUGCCAACAAAGGACGAAGGAAACGUGGCAAAUAUAAUGUGCGAGGAAAAGGUUCAGCAGCAGUACCACGAAAUGUGAAGAAAGAAAUCGAAUCAACGGAGCAACGGCAGAAUGAUUUCGAUGAAAGUCUGAACGGUGAUUCACUAACGACAAAAACCGAAACCACACAGCAUGAUUUCGAUGGCGAAGAGGAUGAUGAUGAUGACUUCAGCCACGAUGGAUACAGUCAUUCCAUCAAUUCACUACAGUCAGCAUCGUUGCCACCAACACCUGAACCAAGAAAUGAGACACCUACGCUUCACAUAACCCGACCCUCGUCCAAAUCUUCCUCAUUUAGUAUAGCCUCGCACAACAGUGGACCAGCGACAGCAUCGCCACCACCAGAACGAAAGGCAACUAGCUAUAUAAAUAAUUCAACGGUGACAUCAGGAAAACAUAUCCCAUGCUUAAUAUCGGCACCACAAUCGAAUACAUCACAAAACGGUGACGAAUUCGCGCCCGACUCCUGGAACAUUUUCGAUGUUGGCCAAUUUUUGCGAGUGAACGAUUGUGCGGCCCAUUGUGAAAUAUUCAGUCGAAAUAAGGUCGAUGGUAAACGACUGCUUGAAAUAUCCGACGAUGAAAUUUUCAAAAUGCUCAAUAUGAAAGUUGGGCCAGCGCUCAAAGUUCAGGAUUUAAUUAAAAAACUUCGCGAGAAAAUUGAUAAAAUGAAACCGUCAAGACAUUCAACUGGCAAAUCAAGCGUGGGCAAAAAAUACUUAUAGUGAACUAUAAAUGUUGAGUUGAUCAUCAGAAAAAAUGUACAAAACAAAAAUAAAUGUUUCAAGUGUAACUUACAUAUUAUGAAUUCUAAUAUCCCAUGCCCACCAAAAGUGGCGGGACUCAUUCAGAAACAGACUCGAUAUUUGGGUAUCGAAAGUAAAAAAAACUAUUAUAAAUCGAUAUUUUGUGUGUGAAAUAAACCUAUUUUGAUGAAAACAAACAUAAACAAAAAUGAAAGAGAGACAAAAAAACACUACAAAAGCGGAUAACCAGUUUUAUCUAACUGAAAAGUGCCAUUUAGUGUUUGUUUUACUAUGUACUUUGAACAAUUGAAAAAAAAAGAUAAAAAAAUUUGCGUACGAGAGAGAAAAAAAUACAUUUUAUGGAGUGAUUUUGAGUGAAGAAAAAAAAAUCCGGCGGUUACAAAUGUGUGCAUGGAUUUAAACGGAAGCCGAGCAACAUAUGUUUCGAAACUGAUUGCCGGCACAUGAAGGAUAGGAAGAGUGUAUCAGCACGAAUCUACAAUGGAUGCCUGCAUCAAUUGAAUGUUCAACUCUCGCAAAUCUACCAAAUAUAUUGUAUGUAAUGAAUCCAAGCAAUAAGGAUUAUUAUUAUUAUUGUUUUACUGAAUCAUACUUCUCUAGUGACACGGAUAGUAACAAGCAAUAAGAAUAAAAAAAACCAAUUAGAUGAAAA